GGAUGUAAUCGAUCGAGGUUGUAGCUGAUCACAGCGGCUUAAAGUGAGCUGCUUGAGAUCAGGAAGGUGUUAUUUAGGAGGAUUUCGCUUAUCCUUUUGAAUGGGCGUUUCUUUAACGUAGAGGGGAAGGGGGUUUGGUCUAUAUGCCUGCUGUAGGCUGUGUUUAUUAUUGAAAUGACCAGCUAUUCUACUGCAGUAGUAACGCUGCACUUGUAGUUGCCCUGUAAGUAUGUAAUACACGACGUUUCUGCUUUGUGUCCGUAUUAUUUUAGCGUGGUUUAAACCGGAUUAGUGUGAACUCGGGGACCGAUUUUAGCAGCUUUGACACUAGCAGGCAACAACCUGGCACUCUGAAAAAAAAAAUAUGCCGUCUUCGGAGGAAGGUUUAUCCGGAGGUGACGUGGUUACUGUUAAACACGAGCUGAAAAACGCAAACCUGACGGGUCACGUGGAGCGUGUAGGCAUUGAGAAUUUCGAGCUUCUGAAGGUUCUAGGUACAGGAGCGUAUGGAAAAGUGUUCUUGGUGCGCAAAGUGAGCGGUCAUGACUCGGGCAAGCUGUACGCCAUGAAGGUGCUGAAAAAAGCCACCAUCGUGCAGAAGGCAAAGACAGCAGAACACACACGUACAGAGAGGCAGGUCCUGGAGCAUAUCAGACAGUCGCCGUUUCUCGUUACCCUGCACUAUGCCUUCCAGACCGACACCAAGCUGCACCUCAUUUUAGACUAUGUGAAUGGGGGAGAGCUCUUCACACACUUGGUGCAAAGGGUCCAUUUCAAAGAGCAAGAGGUGGCUUUGUACAGUGGAGAGAUCGUCCUGGCACUGGAACACCUGCAUCAGCUGGGGAUCGUCUACAGAGACUUAAAACUGGAGAAUAUUCUUCUGGACUCAAUCGGUCACAUCGUCCUGACAGACUUUGGACUUAGCAAAGAAUUUGAUGAGGUAGAGAGGGCUUACUCUGUGUGUGGCACAAUUGAAUACAUGGCCCCUGAGAUUGUAGAAGGUGGAGAAUCAGGACAUGACAAGGCAGUGGACUGGUGGAGUCUGGGGGUGCUGAUGUACGAGCUUCUGACUGGUGGCUCUCCUUUCACAGUAGAUGGUGAUGAGAACUCCCACUCAGAUAUAGCUAAGAGAAUUCUGAAGAAGGAUCCUCCAUACCCCAAGGACAUGGGGCCCCUGGCCAAAGACAUCAUUCAACGACUCCUCAUUAAGGAUCCAAAGAAAAGGCUAGGUUCUGGGCCCUCUGGGGCACAGAAUGUAAAAAGCCACCCAUUUUACCAGAAAAUGAACUGGGAGGAUCUGGCUGCUAAGAAGGUCCCAGCUCCCUUCAAGCCGGUCAUCCGGGAUGAACUAGACGUGAGUAACUUUGCGGAAGAAUUCACGGAGAUGGAUCCUACUUACUCCCCUGCUGCACUGCCUCAGAACUGUGACCGCAUUUUCCAGGGAUACUCCUUCAUAGCUCCCUCGAUUCUGUUCAAGAGGAAUGUGGUGAUGGAUGAUCCAGUUCAGAUGUGUGGUGAAGUGGAGAGGCCUGGACCUGCUGCAGUUGCACGCAGUGCCAUGAUGAAGGACUCGCGUUUCUAUAUGAACUAUGAGAUGGACCUGAAGGAGACAGCACUAGGAGAGGGAAGCUUCUCUAUCUGCAGGCAGUGCACACACAAGAAGAGUGGGCAGAAAUAUGCAGUAAAGAUUGUCAGUAAAAGAAUGGAGGCACAGACGCAGAAAGAGAUAGCUGCUCUCAAGCUGUGUGAUGGACACCCCAACAUAGUCAAGCUUCAUGAGAUAUACCAUGAUCAGCUGCAUACGUAUCUGGUUCUAGAGCUGCUGCGUGGUGGAGAGCUCCUGGAGCGGAUCCGGAGGAAGCAGCACUUCAGUGAGACAGAAGCAAGCCGCAUCAUGCGGAGGCUGGUGUCUGCUGUGAGCCACAUGCACGACGUAGGUGUGGUACAUCGAGACCUUAAACCGGAGAAUCUGAUAUUUACUGACGAAAGUGAGAACUCAGAAAUAAAGAUAAUCGACUUUGGCUUUGCUCGGCUCAAGCCUCCCGACAACCAGCUUCUGAAGACACCCUGCUUCACCCUACAGUACGCCGCACCUGAGAUCCUCAAAUACGACGGUUACGAUGAGUCGUGUGACCUCUGGAGUCUGGGGGUCAUACUGUACACCAUGCUCUCUGGCCAGGUGCCCUUUCAGUGUCAGGAGAAGAACCUAACACACACGAGUGCAGAGGAGAUCAUGAAGAAGAUCAAACACGGAGAUUUCUCUUUCCAGGGUGAGGCUUGGAGAAACGUGUCCCAGCAGGCCAAGGAUCUCAUUCAGGAGCUCCUGACAGUAGACCCAAACAAGAGAAUAAAGAUGUGUGAGCUACGCUAUAACACAUGGCUGCAGGAUGACAGUCAGCUCUCGUCCAACCCCCUCAUGACUCCUGACAUUCUGGGCCUGUCUGCCGCCUCUGUAAACACCUGCGUUAAAGCCACCUUCAAUGCCUUCAACAAGUGUAAGCGGGAGGGUUUUCGACUGCAGACGGUGGAUAAGGCUCCUCUAGCCAAGCGCAGGAAAAUGAAAAAGACCAGCACAAGCACUGAGACACGCAGCAGCUCCAGUGAGAGCACACACUCGUCCUCGUCUUCCUCCCAGUCUCAGGAGAAGACUCCUCUUCAGUUGUCUGUCAGCACGCCCCUCACACUGGGCCCUGAUGACGAUGAGCACUCCCAGAGUGAGCCACAGCCUGCUUUCAGCUUCUCAGAGUGAGCUGUUUCAUCCUCUCUCUCUCUCUCUCUCUCUCUCUCUCUCUCUCUCUCUCUCUCUGUUCCUCUAUGUUAGUCGGGUCUCCCUUUAGCACAGACGCAGAGCAUGCAAGAAGGAGCACCGGAGCCGAAAUUACCCGUGCCCUUCACUAGCAAUAGAUGUGUGGAACAGGGUAGAAAAGUACAGGGGCGUUUGAGGAAAAAUGCCUGAUCCCUUUAUCAUCCAAUGAUUUCUGGACUGCACCAGACUUUAUCACACUCCUGAUCCAAGUGUCCAGGCAUCUGCAUCUGCUGUAUGUCACAUACACACACAAGCUGAGUGUCACGUGACAUCCUGCGCCAACUGGAUCGAAUGCUUCAGUAACUGUGUGCUCUCACCGCUUCAGGCCAAACCAAAAUGGAUAAAAGGGAUAUUUUCUUUAUUAAAAGAAGUUUAUAUAAUAUUGUUUUUGUUUAUAUGAUAAAUUAUUCGUCUUGCCCUACGGUCAAGUGGGUUCUCUUUGGUGGAUGUCCUUGUAAAUUGAGUUCGUCUGCGUACGAUUUUUUUGCAGGCUUCUUCUGAACUGAGAUUCUUGGUGAAGUAGCAGAGAUUUGUUUGUUAUAUGAGAUUUGUCUGAAUACACUCAAGAGUGUUCCAUGUUUAUUAUUUUAUGCAGAAAAUGGGUUAUAUUGGGAGUAAAAAAGGACUAUUUUAUAUGUGAACGUAAAAGUCAAUAUAUUAAGAAAUCCUAACACACAGUUCUAGGAAAAAGCAGUCAAUAUAGUGAUGGAUUUAUUCUGAGAGUUGUAUUUUAGUGAUAGAUUUUUAUUCUGAGAGCAUUUAACUGAUAGCCAGGAUUUAUUUUUCAUUUAUACAAAAAGUUAGAUGCUCCACAUAUUUAUUAACUAAAGAACACAAAGUUGGUCCAGUAUGUCUAAAUAUGUUGCUCAUGUCCUAAUAGCUACAUAAUAUAACUGAUUAGCAGAGUAGAUUUCUAAGUAGUAAGCAGAACAAAAAGGUAGCAGCAGAGAGUGGAGGUGUCAAGGUUAGGUGCAGUUAGUUGCCUCAUAAUAUUUUGUCUUUGUAUGGAUAGAUAAAUGUUUUCUGUACUUUCUGUACUUUAGACGCUCAGUGGUAAAUUGACCAAGUACGGCGUCUGCUAUUGUAAUAGGGUUCAUUGUUGAAGGCACAUCUGCAUGCCAUGAGCUUAAAGUACUGUCCUUGUUAAAUCCUUGAUAUAAUAGCAUUCUCUGCUCUAUUAUUGGAAGCACUACAAAGGCUUUCAUCUGAUAAAGCACUAGACUCAACGUUGCAGUUGACCUGCUAUGCAAAAAUAGCCUACGCAUUUAUUUCUUUAGCAUGACUUGUGUGUAUAGCUCCUGUCUGAUAGGGACCAUUAUGCAUUAUAAACAAGUGAGCAAAAAAAAAAGAACAUCAUGCCUCAUAAGACCUCUUUAAGGCCAGCCAGGCUGUGUAGGAGCUUCAGUAGGAGCUCACAUAUCCUUUACCUCUUUACCUUUACAUUGAAGUGGUGACAUUCACAAGCUGGAACUCUGAGGGCUUGUACAGAGUGAACAGUAGACACACACGCACAUACAAACAUGCAUGCAGAUACACUGGUGCUCCUGCUUCUGCCCACGUGACAGAGCAACAGAUGAGCAAUAAGAGCAUCCUGAGCUCAGCUCACUUUCCUGUAUCGAAGGCCUGCACGUGGCUUUUUCCAUCUCCACCUUGUGCCAAACCCCUGCAGCUUCCUCAUUCCUGCCCUGCUCUUUUUUUGUAUUGGUAUAUUAAUAGAACAGGAAAGAGAGUGUGUGUGUCCUACAUUGCACUCCACUCAGGGGUGCGGGGAGGUGGGGAGUGGAUUGGGGUGAAGGCCUUAUUAGUUGAUUUACAUUGGUGCUGUUUGUCCUCUGAGAGAUUAAGCAGCCGGGCUCUGAGUCUUAGUCCAAGGGCAGUGAGACAGGUGCAUGGGAACACACAGAGGAAAAACGGGGUCAGGGCUUUACAGCAUUCGGAAGAGGCUGAGAAUUUGGCUUUGAUGAAUAUGCGGCAGAGCUAUUCAGACUCCGAGGCAAGACCUAUGCUUCUGAUUCUGGCAGAUAGGUCAGCACUCUGUUCUAUCGUUUCAUUGAUCUCUAAAGCACUUGUGUUUUGCGUCAGCAGCAGAUUCUCUGAGUUCUAAAGAGCUCUCUGGUCUGUGUGAGGGUUUUAUGUAUAUUCUAGAGAGUAUCUUUUACCAUUUUCUGUGGUAGAGAGAACACAUAUCGUAACAUCAUGCUCUUGAAAAGAGCCUAUUCCUUUGAUCUGAGCACUCCUUCAUCACAAGUUAUUGUUGGCCUACUUUAAUGCUCUCAGGAGCUGGUUAAUUGUGUGGCCCUUUUUUCCUGCUAUUGUAGCAUAGGGUCCAGUGUGAGUACAUAUUUCUCUCUGCUGCCAGCGGUCAGUCUGUUGGCUCAUUCUUUCAUCUGUUCGUGGAGGUGGAGCAGUUCUCCAUGAGGAUUUGAGCUUCGACAUAUACCUUAUGAACGCUAUCUCGCACAACGUAGGCUAUGAAAGCUGAUUUUGUAAGGAAGGUGGCUAAAAACCACCCGCUUUGUGUUUCUGAUAUUCAAUAAUCGGCGGCUUGUUAUGUAAUGUUGCAUUAGGUGGAAGAAUGUUGUUGAGGUUAACAAAGAAGUUAAGCUUUAUGGUCGUUUUGUACGAGUGGUCAUUUUCAGAACUGGCUAUAGGAAGCAAGGUACUUUACCUCUCAUUGUCCUUAAUGGGACAUUUUACUCUGAACCUGGGAGAACUUGCAGUAUCUUUAUUUUUUCCAGUUGAGCGUCAUUUUAUAAGCAAGAAAUCUGACGUGUGAAAAAUAAACGUGACAAGGAGGAACUUUCAACAUUAACAUUAGCAACAUUACCAACACCAGCACACUGUGUUAUGGAUGGCAGGCAGUCUCUGACUCCUGGAGUUCAACUCUCUAGAAUUGGAAAAUGCUGUUGCUUUAUACAGGUGACUAAAAAAUAUUCAUAGACUUUCAUACUAUGUCUUUAAUCCAUUGAUUUGGUUUGUUUUAUUGCCAAAGCUUUAAACUGUAGCAGUAAAUUUCUUUGUAACUUUCAAAACCAUUGUUUACCAUCAGUGAAAUGAGUUAGAAAUAGACAUAUGCUUCCCUCUGGCUGGGUGAUGAUGUCUCAGCAUAUCAACUGGCACAAAACUUUCAUAUUGUUUAGAUCACUGUGACGUCCAUUCAGGUUCAAAACCAAAGGGGUACUUCAUACAUCCUCACAGUCUACUAAACAUUUUAUAUCUAUAACUAUAUCUAUCUAUGUCUCCCUAUAAUAGAUAGAUAGAUAGAUAGAUAGAUAGAUAGAUAGAUAGAUAGAUAGAUAGACAAACAGACAGACAUACCAGAUGCAUUCUUGGCCAGUCAUAUCCAAUUUGUGCAACCAUAAGACAUUUCUUUUGUUAUAUAUUUUUCAAUGCUAGACCAGAUGUAAUAUUAGAAAAAAGCAUCAAUAAGAUAUUGGAAAAGAGAGAACAUUCAUUUAUAGGUAACUGAUGUUGAUGUAACUGAUGUUAACAUCCAAUUGUGCAAUCAAGGUCUGCCACCGAGGGGCAGUAUCUACAUACAUUUCAGUCUAAAGCAUCUUUUGAGACAUUACGACUUAGACCUACUUGUCCUAUCUGCUCACAUUGCUCACAGAGCAGCAUCAGCGGUUUGAUCAUUUUGUACAGAACAAAAAAAAAGAAUCUCUGUACUUGAACAUUGAAUUGGAUUAAUGUAAUAUUAAUAAAAAAUGAAUUGUAGUUAUCUAGCUGGGCUGGAUAUAUAUUAAUAUUAUUCUCUUAACUUAUUAAAUUGGGUUGUUGGAUUGUUAGAUGAUUGAUUUAAAAAGAAAUAACCAAAAUUUUGAUUAUAUUUAUGGUGUAUAUAUUUUGAAAAGCCAAGCCAUAUUCCUUUAGGUGUCCGACAGGUUCCUCUAUAAAAAAAAAAUGUUUUCCUAAUAUUAGGUCAUAAAAUGAACUUUGACAAUUAAGGAUUAUAUAUGAAUUAAAUAUUUUGUGUUUUAGGAAACUAGGGUUACAAAUCUGAUUGUUUUGCAUGACUGUUCAAGAUUCUGAGUUGAAUCAACUCCAGUUCUCCAAAGUGAGAAUGCACUCUUGUUAGUUCUCUAGUCUUGUUGCUAGUGUGGUUUAAGCUAUAUGUCUAUGUUUGAAAAAGAGUACUUAAGGGCUCUUGUUAAAGUUUCUAAUGAAUGUUGUGAAUAUAAAAUAUCAAUUGAAAUAAAAUAUCUCUACAUUUACAA